AUGAUAAAACUCUCCAAACGAGCUGCAAAAGCGCCCUUCUCUGGUCUAGACGAAGAUAGGGAUCGGGGUUGGCAAGGCAGAGUAGAUGCCAUUCAUUUACUAACAAAAUACGAUCAAGCGAUCUAUCCAUCUCUGAACCUUCCUGAAGAAAAAGCAGUUUCAGCUCUUAAUCUUGUUCUAAAUAUCUCACUAGGAUCACUUAGAGAAAAGGAAGAAGACAUUCUUGAUUUCUUGAAGAAAAUAUUUAUGCUAAGAUACAUACAACAUGCAGUCACUCCACCUUUGGUGGAGAGCUCAAGCCAAAUCUCUAGUGAUAUCUCGGGGUCGAAAGCUGACGUCUCUGAUCAUACUUCUGCUCGAAGUGCUGAAAGACUGCCAGCCGCGGCUGCUGGGUCGAGGGAAACUUCCUCGAUGUCAGGUUCUAAGGAUUCUCUGCCGCCAUUGGUGGACAUUCUUACCGAUGCUGUAAAAGCCAAAGGCGGGGUGACCGAGCGAAGGGCGACUGGUCACAGAGAUUACGAAAUACCCGCUCCGGGAAUGUCGAGUUUUGAGCAUCUGCCUAUCCCUGUGGCUCAGCGUUUCGGGGUUAACUCCGGCCCCAGAUUGGAGAAAUCGUUUCCUGCCCCUAGUGUCGACCCGAGUCGGAAGAGGCUGAUUACCUUUAAGGUGCCAGCCGAUAUGAACAUGUUAUCGGGUCCUGUUGGGGUAUCCAGCUAUAUGUAUCCUUUGGUGUCCCAAGAGGACCGACAGAAAAUGGCCGAGGCCUCCGUGCUUCACCAUGCGAGCUUCCAUCGGUUUAGGCACGAAGUGGGUCGGCUUCAGGAGGAACUCGACAUUAAGAGCAUGGCAGUGGACGAGCUCAUGGCCCGAGCUUAUGUCAGCCAGAUCGAUCAACUCUGUUCAGAGCUCGAUGGGAUCAAACCCGAGCUUGAUUCCCUCCACGAAGCAACCAUCGGUGCUGUGGCCGAGUGUGAUAUUCUCCGAGAGCAACUUCAGUCGGUGAAGGAGCAAAUAAACAGCCUUAGCGCAUCACCUGCUUCGGUCGACGCGGAGAGGGAUCAAUUGGGCCAAGUCAUCACCGAUUUGCAGGUUGAGCAUGGAAAGGCUCUCGAUCAGCUUUCGGGUUAUGAUGGUAUGCUCAAUCAGUAUAAGGCCGACGUGACUGCCGCCGAAAUGGCCAGUGAUCUUAGAGCUGAGUAUGAGCGAUGUUUGUCCCGUAGGAGGACCCUCAAGGAGGUUCAAGCCACUGGUGUGGAUCUGUCAAGUUUGCUCGAGGAAGAAAGAAGGCUUGAAGUAGAAGCAAAGGAUGCGUUCGAUCCCGAGGAUUCAGAUGUUGACACCGAGUUGGCCGAUGAAGAGGCCGAGGAGUCUGGUGAAGAAUAG